AAACGUGACUGCUCGACCCUCUCGCUCCCUUCCCCUUCCCUUUCCCUUCACACUGCCUCCAUUCUCUUCCCUUCCCUUCGCAAAGUGAGAGAGAGUACGCACACGGGCACUGUGGCAAUGACAUCCAAGCUGGUCCUAAGCACGGAUUGAAACGUUGCCGAGUCACGGCUUGCAAUUGUUUUACUGUCACCGUUCGGGCGACUACCAAGCCGAGGUGCUCUUUGUUUCCUGCGUUAGGGUUCCACCAUAGCCACUGUGUUUGCCACUCACGAUUCUCUGCCAUUCUCCGCCUGAAUAUUUUCUCGUUGCAUUGAGAGGAGGGGUUGACGUUGGAUGUAGCAGACGCCGGGAACCAGGAUAGACGCGGAAGCGGGGGUUGCGUUGGUGUUUGCGGGAGGGCGUGGGGUUUUAGUCGUGCACGAAUGGCAGACGACCAAAGGCGUGAGUAUGGCCACUCGCCUCCGCCGCGGUCGCACAACGGGGAUAUCGGCUCCAUGGAGCGCCUGAACGGCGAGAGGAGGCGCGAGCGCACCUCUCGAGAAUCUGAUAGGGAAAGAGAAAGGAACCAGGAUAGGGGUCGAGACAGGGGUAAAGGUCGACGCCACCGUGAUGUGGAUGUGGAUCGCGAAAGAGACAGAGGAACCAGGGAUAGAGGCAGGGACAUCGACUCCGAACGUCAUCGCGGCCAUGACAGAGACAGACGUGGUCGCGAGUAUGGAGGCGAUCGGGACAGGAGGCACCGCUAUCGAUCUCGAUCGUCCUCUCGGGGGCGCUCACGGGAUGUUUCUCGUUCUAGGUCUCGUUCUAGAUCCCGUUCAAGGAAAACAAGUGGAUUUGACAGGGCCCCGUCGGGUGCAGCUGUCAGUUCUGGUGCUUCUGUACCAGGUAUUGAGCGUCAAUUUCAAGCGGGGAGCGAUAGAAAUGCAUGUGGUGGUUUACAACCCCAGCAGUCGAAUAAGAUGGGAGUAGACGACGGUGCUCAUGCUCAGCAGUCAGAGGUUUAUGAUGAUGGAUCAAAUGGUGGUGAGGCGCAAGGUAACAAGUCAGUAGCUGCUCCUGUUGUGAAGCCUGGGAAGAGCUCCAAGUGGGGGCCUGCACCUUCUUCAGAGGAUGCUAUGUCUACAGAAGUUGCCAAUGAUUUUCAGGCUGCCAAAAUUGCUGCUGUCAGAGCAGCCGAACUUGUGAACAAGAACUUGAGCUUAGCAGGAUUUAUGUCUGCCGAUCACAAGAAAAAGCUUCUUUGGGGUAGCAAGAAGGCUCAGGUGGAGCAGGAGCCGGUCGUAGCAGCAGCGGGAACAAAUCGCUGGGAUACUGUUCAUUUCUCCGACAGGGAUCGCAUGGAGAAGUUUCACAAACUCAUGGGUGUCAAAGGCGAUAUUAAGGAAGGUGAGGCUCCACCUCCACCUCCCAAUACAGGUAUAUUCACUGAAGAAAAGCAGAGGGAGCUUCAAGAGGAUUUGGAGAAGCAAUUCACUCAGGGGCUCCGAAGACGAGACGGCCGGACAGUUGGAUUAGGAUUGUAGCAAGUACAGGAAUGGUUACCAAUUUCAUAUUAAGAUUGGAAACUACAGAGAGUUUCUCAUCUUGCUCUUGAAGAACGUCGCCCUCUUCAGUGCAGCUGCUUCGUGGGCAAUAUAAAUGCUGUAAUGUAGCAAAUCAAUGGAUACAGCAUUGAGUAGUUUCCCCGAGCAUACAAAGCCUGUUCAUACUGAAUAGGAUCAAGACAGAGCUGGGUUUGAUCUUCCACGCCUGCAACGCCUACUUUAAUCUCUUAACGGAUGCGAAAUGGGUAGUCUCGUACAUAGAAAGAACCGAAUAGGCACGUUUGUCAUUGUUUUGACAUCAUGUUAAUUUAGGGUCAUAUCUUUGAUGAGUGUAAAUAACUUUUAUGUGCG